UUUAGGCAAUAGUUAUUUGCAUGUAAAAGGGUAAAAUCGUCAUUUCAAGUUUGUUGUGCCUUAUGGGAGGAUAGUUACUGACGGCGGGGGUAGUUAGAUAGGUAGGGUUUUAUCUUUUAAUUUGAGAGCAAAUCCAUAAUAGUAUUGAGGAUAGUGUGUACCGAGCCCCAAAUUGAAAGUUUCUUCACUCUUCUCUCUCUAUCGCAGCCCUUUCCCAACCCUUCUCCCGCUUUCCUCCAUUUAUGCAGUCUGCAUCUCCUCCUAAGUUCUACCGUCACUUUCUGACGGAACCUGAAAGAGGAGAAGAUACUAGACGUCGGCGCGAACUCAGCCGGCAACACAAAUCCAGGCGGCAGAGGCGUCACCGGUGAGCAGCGGUGGCACGAGCGCAUUGACACCGAACCCGAACCCGAACCCAACCCGACCGCAUUGAAACCGCUAAAACCAAUCAUAGUGGUAUUUCUUUUUCAAAGGAAACUCUUUGCACUCUUCUUCUUCGACACAACUUGUCGGAAGAACCCUAAUUUCUGCGUUGAGAUGAGAUACUUCAAUCUCAUUCGUUCUUCAUCUGUCAGAAAGAGAAAGCUAAAGCGUAGGAACAAUGGCGCGCCAGACAAAUGCUCAAGGAUGCAAAAAAAUCUUCGAUGUGUAAAUACGGCAGAUUUUGCAGGAGCACAGUCACGUUUAUCUGGCCCCUUGGAUUAUAUUUCUGAAGACGAGGAUCGUGAAGAGAUCUAUUCUACUAGUCAGCGGGUGUUGAUGAUGAGAGCCACAAUUGAUAUAAGGGAUUGUAUACAAAUAGCUUCUUCAUUCAAAUUACCAACCAAGGAGGAGUUCGAAGAGGAAAAGAGUAAGCGCAUGCCUCGUUCCAAGCUCUGGGAAAGGAUCAACGAUAUUUUUAGGGUACUCUCCGUUUUUGAGCUUUCGAAGGAAGAGAAACCGACAUACAAGGAUUAUGUUAAUCAGCUCGUGAUGGAUCUCAGCACAUAUUCGCGGUACAAUAAGUUUAUGAUUGAAGCUGUAAUGGAGAUGCUGGGUAUAAUGGAAACUAAAGACUAUUUUCUCUCGAGAGAGAAGCAGUUAAAUAUGUGUCUGCGCACCAACACUUUGAAGACUUGGAGAGAAGACUUGCAGUGUGCUCUUUCAAGAAAGUAUAUAAAGUGUGAGCCCAUAUAUGAGUGGUCUGAUGUAGGUCUUGCUGUGUGUUUUUCAGAAGCUCUACUUUCUACCACUACAGAAUAUAUAGAUGGCCUUUUUACGAUUCAAAGGGCUAGCUCUUUUCUGCCAUUAAUGGCUCUUGACCCACAAAAAAAUGAAAAAAUUGCUGAAAUGUGGGCUUCACAUGGUAAUCGAACAACUCAUAUUGCUGCUCUAAUGGAAAAUACAGGUACAAUUUUUGCAAACGUGAUGAGUAAGUCAAGUACCUAUCUACUCUCUCAAAAUCUAACGCGGAUGGGGGCGACAAAUAUCAAGGUGUAUAACUGCGAUUUAGGGAAGCAAGCAAAUUUUUUGGGGAACAACGUGAUGGAUAGGGUUUUGUUAGGUGCCCCAUCCAGUUGCACUGGGAUUAUAACUGAUGCCGUGUCCAAGAGAACCUCCAAAGAAUAUAUAGAAAAGUGUGUCAUGUUCCAAAAGCAAUUGCUAUUGGCAGCGAUAGAUAUGGUAGAUGCUGAUUCAAAUUAUGGAGGAUAUAUAGUGUACUCGACAUCUUCAUUAAUGGUUGAAGAGAACGAAGCAGUGAUUGAUUAUGCACUCAAGAAUAGGGAUGUGAUACUUGUCCCCAUUGGCGUGGAUUUUGGUCGUCCAGGAUUCAUUCACUACAAAGGGAAUCAUUUUCACCAAGACUUAGGGAAGACAAGACGUUUUUAUCCUCACCUUCACAACAUGGAUGGAUCAUUUGUAGCCAAGCUAAAGAAAAUUAGUGGUUCGAACCAUACUGCAGAAGCAGUAAAAUAGUUGAAAGAAGCGGCCACAAGAGUUGUGCAGGAAAAGAGACAAACACUGAUCCGUUGCUCUGCAAAACUUGGAACAGCAGAGAAAGCAUAUGUCAAGGAGUGAAGGAGAGACCGGCUUAAAGGAAGCAAGGAGGAAGUUGGAACAGCGGCCAGUGUUAUUGGAAAUAUUGUGUGAUCGGCUGGAUAGUUUGUUUGUCCAGCAGCAAAAACUUGUGUUUGUUCGUUGUCCUUGCAAUUCAUUGGAUCCCUUUUGGUUAAGUUUAUGUAAUGUACAUGAUGGAAAAAUACUUUUUCAUAUUUAAAAUAUGUUUGGUUAA